CGGCAGGUGGGGACCCGCCCUCGUACAGCCGGGCGGGCAGAGGCUGCCCUCUGCUGGGGAGAAAGCGGAAGCUGCUAACGGAGCGGAAGAUGGCGACUGUGUGGAGGCUGCGGAGGAGUCGCCGGAGCUGAUACAGAGACGGACGAGAGGCGAAACACACACAGAGAAGUCCCCGAAAAGAAGACGUCUAAAACAACGAUAAUUAUGUCCCUUUCCCCUGACAAUGAAGAUGAAUACUUUGUUGCCAUGGACACAGAGGAUGACUGUACGGAGACUGCUGGGAUAGCAGAYGAGGUGGAGGCAAAGAUGGGGUCAUAUAGAGAAGACGGGGACGUGAACAUUGGUGCCAAAGAAAAAGGYAGAACGAUGGUUGAGCUGCCAGAGGAAGUUCUCGAAUACAUUUUGUCCUUCCUCUCACCUUAUCAGGAGCACAAGACAGCUGCAUUAGUUUGUAAGCAGUGGUACCGUCUCAUUAAAGGUGUUGCCUAUCAGUGUUACCAUGGUUUUCUAAGAGCUGUCCAGGAGGGAAAUAUCCAGUGGGAAAGUCGGACAUACCCAUAUCCAGGAACUCCCAUUACUCAGCGCUUUUCGCACAGUGCAUGUUAUUAUGACUCAAAUCAGUCCAUGUAUGUGUUUGGGGGCUGCACUCAGAGUAGCUGCAAUGCUGCCUUUAAUGAUUUGUGGAGACUUGACCUCAACAGCAAGGAAUGGAUCCGACCUUUGGCCUCAGGCUCCUAUCCAUCUCCUAAAGCRGGAGCGACUCUAGUGAUGCACAAAGAUCUGUUAGUGCUGUUUGGUGGAUGGACACGGCCCAGCCCUUACCCUCUGCACCAACCAGAAAGGUUUUUUGAUGAAAUCCACACCUAUUCACCAUCAAAGAACUGGUGGAACUGUAUAGUAACAACWCACGGACCUCCACCCAUGGCCGGCCAUUCGUCAUCUGUAAUCGGGAACACAAUGGUGGUGUUUGGGGGCUCUUUAGGAGCACGUCAAAUGAGUAAUGAAGUCUGGGUAUUGGAUCUGGAGCAGUGGUCCUGGUCCAAACCACUAAUAUCAGGUCCAUCACCCCACCCACGAGGAGGCCAGUCUCAYAUCGUUAUUGAUGAUAAGACUUUGCUCAUCUUGGGAGGCUGCGGAGGCCCUAAUGCACUCCUGAAAGAUGCGUGGCUCCUCCACAUGGACACCCCUACAUGGCGGUGGCAGCAGCUGCAGGUGGAGAACGAGGAACAUGGAGCUCCUGAGUUGUGGUGUCACCCAGCGUGCAGGGUGGGCCAGUGUGUGGUGGUUUUCUCACAGGCUCCGUCGGGCCGCGCGCCGCUCAGCCCGAGUCURAAUUCUCGACCCUCUCCGAUAAGUGCCACACCUGCCCCCCUGGGCCCCGAGCCGCCUUCCCUGCGCUCUCAGUCUCCCAUUCGAAGCGGCGCUGCCGGUGUCGUGCUGGGAGCCGCCGAAGAGGCCCCGUGCGUAAACGGUCGAUGGGGCACMCUGAGACCUCGGCCCUCAGCUAGAGGAGGGGCCAGAGAUGGGAGUCCAUCUUCAUCCCAACAGCCAUCCCCUUCACAAGGCCCAGACAGCCCUCCUCUUCCUCCACUUCCUCCCCUGAUAAACGGAUCAUCUCCUUCUCCUCGGACAAGCCCGGCCCAGGGAGGGUCUCCCCCCUCUCGCCCUCACCUCCCUGGUUCCACAGACUAUGGCUGGGAGUCUCCUCCCUCUGCCGUCCAUCACCCCGAGGCUCCAAGCACCAACGGCCUGCACACGCCUCCCUCGAGCUCCCCACACACACCCCCCGGAGCGGUGUCCCCUGCUGCCUUACGGCGAGGGCUGGAGGCCGUGAAAAACAAAUCUUCCUCAUCUUUACCUUCGUCGUCGUCUUCCCUUCAGACACAGGGGGCUUCUCCCGCAGGAGGCAGCGGCGGGGGAGGAGGAACGCCUCCAUCCUCCUCCAGCCCCCCACAAGCUGCCGUAGCUGACGGACAUGCUAUCCCYCCUAUAGCGCGGCGCCUGGGCCAUCACCCACCUCAGAGCCUGAAUGUGGGGAAGCCCCUGUAUCAGUCUCUGAACUGUAAGCCCAUGCAGAUGUACGUGUUGGACGUGUCCCGGGCCAAAUCCUGUGGGGUCGUGUCCUGGAAGGUUUACGGUAAUGGGACUCCCGCUGCGGUCACGGGACCUCCGGAGACCAGCCUUCACACUGUGGUACAGGGCAGAGGGGAGCUCAUCAUUUUUGGGGGUCUCAUGGACAAAAAACAAAAUGCAAAGUACUACCCUAAAACCAACGCCUUGUACUUUGUGCGUGCUAAAAGGUAAUGCAGCUUCAGGCAGGGAACAGGAAUGCUCCAUCCUGUGACAAAAUGAGGGAACUUACUGUACACCAAGGCCUUUUUCCUGUAGGAAGGACGAUGAAUAAAAACAUUAUUGUUGCUAGAUGUUUCACUUAAGAAAUUCACUAUUGUCCCUUCUGCCUACCGCAAGCGUUCCAAAACACUUUAACUACACUUUGAUAAAAUCUUUGCCUGAAUGAGAACCUCGUCUGUGUGUGCGUAUGUUUGUGACUAGUGAAAAGAGGGAACUGGACUAGUUUUGUUAUUCCCCAAAUGGUGAGCAUCCAAACAAACGAACAAAAAAAUAACAUCUUUCGUGUGUUUUACCCCCUCAGAACUUUUAAAAAGAGAAACUGAAAGAGCAAAAUGUUCAAUAACUGCCUUGCUUUUUCCAUAACUCUUUAAGCCUGCYAUGUUUACAUUGAAGAUGGCGUGAGUGCGUGUGUGUAUUUGUGUGUACACAGCGGCAGUAUAAAGUUGUUGACUAAUGUUUGUCGGGGGCCACAGUGGCUCAGAGAUGUGGCACUGUACUAUAAGCAUAGUUGAACAAUAAAGACCUCCAUGUCUGCUCUGUCGAAAA